GAAGGUUUGACUCCGUCGGGCUUUGCUCUACUUUCACCGCCCUCUGGUGUAUACAUUUGUUCUUUACUCCGCUCUAUAACUUCAAAGUCGGAACAGUUAUCAUAUAAAAUCUGCUGAUCUCAAAGUCUGGAGCAAAUAAUUCACGGAUUCAGUGAAGUGCUAUUUUGGGAUUGCGUAAAGAAGCAACACGGCUUAGCAAAGUGGCGACAAGGAAAAUGAGCAAAUGCAACCCAACCAUGAACGCAAUAGCAUUGAAGUAUUUAACAGGCAGGAGCUGCCCGCAGGUACAUCCGUCCCAGCAACCAUGAAAAGUCUGCUUGUAAUUUCUGCCUGCACUCUCUUUUUUCUCUGCAGUCAGAGGGUGUCAUCUGAAAAUGUAACCAAGACUAGUGGCCUACAGCGAGCUAGCUUCCCACCAAGAGGUUGGAAUUCCUAUGAUUCAUUUAGCUGGACAAUUUCUGAAGAAGAAUUCUUAGAGAGUGCUGAGAUAAUUUCUCAGCGUCUCAAAGAUCAUGGAUAUGAGUAUGUUGUGGUGGAUUAUCUCUGGUAUAGAAAGAAAGUCAAGGGUGCUUAUCCUGAUUCUCUUGGAUUAGAUGUGAUUGAUGAGUGGGGGAGGAUGAUCCCCGACCCAGGAAGGUGGCCAUCUUCCAAAGGUGGGAAAGGUUUCAGCGAAGUAGCUGAUAAAGUACAUCGCAUGGGUUUGAAGUUUGGGAUUCACGUUAUGAGAGGCAUAAGCACACAAGCUGUCAAUGCGAACACCCCUAUCUUGGAUACAACAACGGGAGGCUAUUAUCAAGAGCCCGGUCGAGUGUGGCAUGCCAAGGACAUAGCUAUGCCGGAAAGGGCUUGUGCAUGGAUGCCUCAUGGGUUCAUGAGUGUAAAUACAACAUUGGGAGCUGCAAGGGCUUUUUUGAGUUCCCUUUAUGAGCAAUAUGCUGCAUGGGGCGUUGAUUUGGUUAAACAUGACUGUGUGUUUGGUGAUGACUUGGACUUAAACGAAAUAGGCUAUGUAUCAGAGAUUCUCAAGGAGCUUGAUCAUCCCAUUAUAUAUUCUCUUUCUCCUGGAACCAGCGUGACAUCAGCCAUGGCUAAGGAUGUCAGUGAACAAGUCAACAUGUAUCGUAUAACAGGAGAUGACUGGGAUAGAUGGGGAGAUGUUAAAGCACAUUUUAAUGUGACAAGGGAUUUUGCUUCUGCCAAUAUGAUAGGAGCAGAAGGUUUGAUGGGAAAAUCUUGGCCUGAUUUGGACAUGCUACCAUUUGGUUGGCUAACUGAUCCAGGUUCAAAUCAAGGCCCACACAGAUUUUCUGAUCUAAGUCUAGACGAGCAAAAAACUCAGAUGACCUUGUGGUCCAUGGCAAAGUCUCCCCUAAUGUAUGGAGGGGAUGUGCGCAAGCUUGAUGAGACCACAUAUGAUCUUAUCACAAAUCCUACUCUGCUGGAGAUUAAUUUUUUCAGCUCAGAUAAUAUGGAGUUUCCCUAUAUUACAAGCCCAAACAACUUCAAAAAUGAUGCAAAGUAUCUUAUUGGGAAAAAGAGAAGAUCCAAGAGAGAUGGACGAACGUCGUUUACACAUUCAUUAGGUCUCAUUAGAUGUAAUGAGUCAAAGGCAAGUGGGUGGUAUAUUGAAGGUCUAGAUCAAGAUAUUCAAAGAAUUUGCCGGAAAAGGAGUCCAGGAAACAAGCAACAAGUACCUUUUUGUGUGCACAAGAGAGAUUUUGGCAGGGCAUUAGAUGAGGACACAAUCUAUCAAGAGGACUAUGGAGGGAAACAUCAUUUAGUUGCAAUUAAUAGAAUGAAAUUUUGCUUGGAUGGUUCUCCAAAAAGAAAGCUUACUUCUAGGGAGGUCAAUUUAGGGACAUUUUCUCCCUGCAGGCGGGAUGCAAAUCAGAUAUGGGAGCUGAAUCUUAAUGGGACCCUGGUAAACAGUUAUUCUGGCCUGUGUGCAACACUAGAUUCUGUCAAAGCAAGGGAAAAUUUUGGUGGACUUCAUUCUUGGGUGGCUACUGGAAGAGAAGGACAAAUUUAUGUUGCAUUCUUCAAUUUAAAUGAAGAGAAGACAAUGAUAUCGAUGGAGCUGUCAGACUUGGUUAAAGUGCUUCCGGGCACAGAUUUCAGUUCCUGCAAGUGCAAGGAAGUGUGGAGUGGAAAAGACAUAGUAAUAGUUGAAGGAAAGUUAUCACUGGCGGUGGCAAAGCAUGGAUGUGCACUCUUCGUCUUGCAUUGCAGCUAAGUGCAGUGUACUCAAUUUCCCAAAUGAAAAACGUCAUUGCUGAAUGGUGAGUAUUAAUCUAGCACACCCCCACUUCUCCAAUUUGAGAUGGACCGGUUUAUACAUUAAUGUAAAGCACUCCACCACAUGUAGCUUAGGUGAUAAAGCUGAAAAGAAACAAAGGUAGAGUUUUAAAUUUAAAUCCUUCUGAUGUUAAAAAAAUUUCAGGGCAUCCAUCACUUUACUAAUGAGCUGCAUAUUAUAAUGCUGUGGAGAUACGUUGGUAAUGAUUGUUGUGUUACUCAGUCUUUAUCGUUAUCAUGAAGAAUUAUAAAUAAAUCAAUUCUAUCU